AUGGCCUCGGAGUCGGUGAAGGUGGUGGUGCGCUGCCGCCCCAUGAACCAGCGGGAGCGGGAGCUGAACUGCCAGCCUGUGGUGACGGUGGACUCCGCGCGCGGCCAGUGCUUCAUCCAGAACCCGGGCGCCGCCAACGAGCCGCCCAAGCAGUUCACCUUCGACGGCGCCUACUACAUGGACCACUUCACCGAACAGAUCUACAACGAGAUCGCCUAUCCGCUGGUGGAGGGUGUCACUGAGGGCUACAAUGGCACCAUCUUCGCUUAUGGCCAGACGGGCAGCGGGAAGUCCUUCACCAUGCAGGGCCUGCCGGACCCAUCUUCGCAGAGAGGCAUCAUCCCCAGGGCCUUCGAGCACGUUUUCGAGAGUGUCCAGUGUGCAGAGAAUACCAAGUUCCUGGUCCGGGCCUCCUACCUGGAGAUCUACAAUGAAGAUGUCCGUGACCUUCUGGGGGCUGACACCAAGCAGAAGCUGGAGCUGAAAGAGCACCCGGAGAAGGGGGUGUACGUGAAGGGGCUCUCCAUGCACACGGUGCACAACGUGGCCCAGUGCGAGCACAUCAUGGAGACGGGCUGGAAGAACCGCUCGGUGGGCUACACGCUGAUGAACAAGGACUCCUCCCGCUCCCACUCCAUUUUCACCAUCAGCAUCGAGAUCUAUGCCGUGGACGAGCGGGGCAAGGACCAUCUCUGUGCCGGCAAGCUGAACCUGGUGGACCUGGCAGGCAGCGAGCGGCAGUCCAAGACGGGUGCCACAGGGGAGCGGCUCAGGGAGGCCACCAAGAUCAACCUGUCGCUGUCGGCUCUGGGCAACGUCAUCUCGGCCCUGGUGGACGGGCGCUGUAAACACAUCCCCUACCGGGACUCGAAGCUGACGCGGCUGCUGCAGGACUCGCUGGGUGGCAACACGAAGACGCUGAUGGUGGCCUGCCUGUCACCCGCAGACAACAACUAUGACGAGACGCUCAGCACACUGCGCUAUGCCAACCGGGCCAAGAACAUCAAGAACAAGCCACGUAUCAACGAGGACCCAAAGGAUGCCCUCCUGCGUGAGUACCAGGAGGAAAUCAAGAAGCUGAAGGCGAUCCUGGCCCAGCAGAUGAGCCCCAGCAACCUGUCAGCCCUGCUGUCCAGUCAGGCCCCCCUAAACCCUGUCCAGAUUGAGGAGCAGCUGGUGCCCCCACCUGUGAUCCAGUCUGACACAGAGGCCGAGAAGCAGCUGAUCCGGGAGGAGUACGAGGAGCGCCUGGCCCGGCUGAGGGCCGACUAUGAGGCGGAGCAGGAGUCCAGGGCCCGGCUGGAGGAGGAUAUCGCUGCCAUGCGCAGCUCCUACGACGUGAAGCUGUCCACGCUGGAGGAGAACCUGCGAAAGGAGACAGAGGCUGUCCUCAAGGCAGAGGUCCUCAAGGCGCAGGGCACAUCCAGGGCUGAGUUUGCCAACAGGUCUGAGUGCUCCCCCACGUUCCACUCCGAGAUGGCCGUGAAACCUGGGAUCCACUCCAUGCUGCACACCCUGCCCGGCGGGGAUGUCUCCAAGACUGAGCUUUCUCCCGGGUUCGAGGAGCUGCCCGCGGCGGAGACUUCCAAGUCUGAGGUGUCUCUGGGGUCUGAUGAGUCUUCCACGCUAGAGGAAACCUCCAUGUCCGAAGCCUACCCGGGGCCCCAGGAGCCUUCCGACGUGGAGUUCUCCGUGCCUGAGGCGGAGGCCCCGAGCAGCUACCUCCCAGAGCCGCACCUCAGCCCGGAGGCCACGGAAGCCCUGCCGCAGGCCGGACCCGUCCAGCUGGCAGCCCUGGGGCUGUUGCCCAGCCUGCAUGACCCGUUUGCCGAGGUGGAAGCCAAGCUGGCCAGGCUCUCCUCCGCAGUGGCCGGGGCCGAGGCGCUCCAGGCCGGCGCACCCAGGCUCUGCACACAGGAGGUUGACCAGGGCCCAGAAGUGGCCGAGGAAUUGGUGUUGGCAGCAGAGCCUGGCGUAGGGGCCGAGGCUGAGGCCCAGGUGGCCUUGGAGGCUCAGCCUCAGCCCUUGCUGGCCGCGACCAGUGUGAGAAGGGACAGUGUGGGCGUGGAGGUGGCCGUGCUGACCGACGACCUGCUGCCUGUCGUGGACCAGCAGCAGGUGCUUGCCCGUUUGCAGCUGUUGGAGCAGCAGGUGGUGGGGGGGGAGCAGGCCAAGAACAAGGACCUGAAGGAGAAGCACAAGCGGCGGAAGCGGUACGCGGACGAGCGCAAGAAGCAGCUGGUGGCGGCCCUGCAGAACUCGGACGAGGACGGCGGCGACUGGGUGCUGCUCAACGUCUACGACUCCAUCCAGGAGGAGGUGCGGGCCAAGAGCAAGCUGCUGGAGAGGAUGCAGAGGAAGCUGCGGGCAGCAGAGGUGGAGAUCAAAGACCUGCAGUCGGAGUUCCAGCUGGAGAAGAUCGAUUACUUAGCCACCAUCCGCCGGCAGGAGCGGGACUCCAUGCUCUUCCAGCAACUCCUGGAGCAGGUGCAGCCCCUCAUCCGCCGGGACUGUAACUACAGCAACCUGGAGAAGAUAAGGCGCGAGUCCUGCUGGGACGAGGACAAUGGCUUCUGGAAGAUCCCCGAGCCCAUCAUCAUAAAAACCAGCCUCCCAGUAGCAGUUCCAACAGGGCCACAGAACAAAGUAGUCCGCAAAACCUCUGCAGCUGACAACGGUGAACCAGGCACGGAAGAAGACCGCUACAAGCUGAUGCUCAGUCGGAGCGACAGUGAAAACAUUGCCAGUAACUACUUCCGGUCCAAGCGAGCCAGCCAGAUCCUCAGCACGGAUCCCAUGAAGAGCCUGACGCAUCACAGCUCGCCCCCCGGCCUCAGCUCCCCACUCAGCAACACCUCUGCCAUCUCGCCUACCCAGGCCCCCGAAAUGCCCCAGCCCCGGCCCUUCCGCCUCGAGUCCCUUGACAUCCCCUUCACCAAGGCCAAGCGAAAGAAAAGCAAAAGCAGCUUUGGCAGUGAGCCUCUGUGA